AUGAACAGCAGAAGUGCCACAGGGAAUAAGUUUGCAGGGAGCCCCAACUCUUUUGAAAAUAACGACAAUAAAGAAAAUCAUCUGAGAGAAGUGGUGACACCGUUAGGGGAUGUUUACAUACUCAAUGAAAAAACCAAUGAGAAAUUUAUUAAGGGCACCCAGAGGAGUGAUGGCACGUUUAGGAAAACCAUCCGCGUGAGGACGGACUACAUGCCGCAGGAGGAAAACUGCGUAUAUCAAGUGAAGGGGAAAAUACUGGAGCAGCAGAACAAGAGCAGGAUUGCAAACUCCAGCACGAAGACCUAUGCAAGCGAGAAUCCCUUCGACAGCAAUGCAGCAAGCGCAAAAAAGAAAAAAAAGUGCCCGGAUGGAACCCCAUUAAUGACAAUGAAAAUGAAAACGAAAAUCAAAACGCAAAGAAUUUAA